CAGAAAAUAAAAUCAUAACGAAAACGAAACCGAAUAACCCAAUGUAUCAUCAUCCUCUGAAUUCAACUCGCUCGCACAUGGGAAUUUAUUGACCAGCAUCAACCAGAUCUGUGACUGUGUUCGAUUGGGUACCAACUAUUAUUCAGUGCUGCAGCUACUACUGUGGCACAACAUUAAGCUUUUAGUUGAAUCAGAUAGGCUGUCAGUAACGUAAAAGUAAUCCCUGUGCCCCAGCCAUGGCUGCACCGUUUUUCUCAACGCCCUUUCAGCCUUAUGUUUAUCAGAGUCCGCAAGAUGCAAUUAUACCUUUUCAGAUUUUAGGGGGUGAAGCUCAAGUGGUUCAGAUAAUGUUGAAGCCACAAGAAAAAAUCAUCGCAAAGCCUGGUUCUAUGUGCUUUAUGUCUGGAUCCGUUGAAAUGGAAAAUGCCUACCUUCCAGAAAAUGAAGUAGGCAUAUGGCAGUGGUUAUUUGGCAAAACUAUAACUAGCAUUGUACUUCGCAAUUCUGGACCAAGUGAUGGAUUUGUUGGAAUUGCUGCACCUUAUUUUGCAAGAAUUCUUCCGAUUGAUUUGGCAAUGUUCAAUGGAGAGAUUUUGUGUCAGCCAGAUGCUUUUCUUUGCUCUGUCAAUGAUGUGAAGGUUAGCAACAUAGUUGAUCAAAGGGGACGGAAUGCUGUUGCUAGUGCUGAGGGAUUCUUGAGGCAAAAGCUAUCUGGCCAAGGGCUUGCAUUCAUAUUAGCUGGGGGAUCUGUUGUACAGAAAAAUCUUGAGAUCGGUGAAGUUCUAGCUGUUGAUGUUUCUUCCAUUGUUGCUGUGACAAGUGCAGUCAAUAUCCAAAUAAAAUAUAAUGGUCCUGCAAGAAGGACAAUGUUUGGGGGUGACAAUGCUGUCACAGCCGUUCUAACAGGACCAGGCAUUGUGUUCAUACAAAGUUUACCUUUUCAUCGAUUCUCUCAACGAAUUGCUAGGGCGGUGACAUCACCCAACAUGAGGGAAAAUCCCAAGUUUUUCAUACAGAUUGCAGUUUUCUUUUUUCUGGCGUAUGUUGUCAUUGUAUCUUCGUUAAUAUUAACAGAUGUAUGAAAUUCAGUUUGGUUUUUCUUUAGUAGUUUUUACUUUUCUCUUAUCUUACCAUAUGUAGUACAGGAAUGAGGGAGAGGGGGUGGGGUUCAGAUUUUUUGUUGGCAGAUCUUUAUGCCAAUUAAAAAAACAUCCUAGUAAUGUCAUUAUGUCUAUCAAUAAAAUAGGAUUUAUUUGAUUUUUUUAGUA